GCGGCGAGUGGCGAGAUCUUGUCCAACAGCUGCUGAGUGUUUAGUUUUAGUGUUUACUCGUUAGUGUUUAGUGUUUACUAUAACAAUACCUAUAAGAAUAUUAUUACUUACACAAAAACAACAUUGGAAACAAUGUCUUUUUAACUAGAUUUCCUUCGAUAAUAAUCCGAAAACAAUGUUCCGCACAGAUUGAUGUUAUAUUACUCGGUUCGUUCGCACCGCCGUCAAGAGGAUAAAUAGUAUAGAAUGGCACAUAACUCGGCGGCACUUUAUUGCGAGCAAACGACAAUGCUGCAACAACUAUUGGCCGAUAUAGUGUUCCAGAGGUCCAAGGAAAUUCGUCAGCUAGUCAUGGACGGAUGCGAGUUCGUAAACCAUGGUUCAGCAUUCUGGACGGAUUUAUUCGUUCGGCAUUUCCUAUUUCAAACGGAACACAUGAUAGAUGCUGACGAUUUGUUAUUUUUUAUUAGAAAAAAGAGAAUAAAAUGCAACUCAAAAUAUUUACCGACAUUUGAAACUGAAAUGGAUGUAUUUCGAAAGGAUAGCAAACGACUGCCAGUUGGUGAUCCGGAUAUCGUAUGGGAAGAAACUGUCUAUUUAAAUCUCAUCAUACACGAGUUUGAUUACACCUUGACUUUAGCUAUCUGCACAAGAACGAGCCCAAAAGAACUGCAAGUUUUACACAGACACUCUCAGAAAGUUUACGCAUCACCAAGUAAACGCCGAAUGGAUACAAAAGGGGAUUUGGAAGAAAUUACAUACCCUUACGUGUGCUUUAUGGUCGAUAACUUUAACGAGGUUUUUUGCGAUGUCUUGGUAAGAGAUGGCGAGAUGGUGUGUGUUGAACUAGUGGCUUCGGACAGAUGUGGGAAAAUGCGUAACGUCAUUUUUAUAGGAUCCAUAAGAUAUGAGGCGUUGAAAACUGUCUACAACAGCAGGAUGAGUCUUACGAACAAGACAGCGCAACAAAUGAUAUAUGGCUUGUUUUCUGGAUCAUCGAUAAAAAGAACUGAAUUCAUUAGACUGAAAGGGCCGUACGGAAAAGGUCAUGCUGAAUUAGCUGUCGCAAAACCGAAAGGAUCCGGCUGUGACGUAGAAACACCCACUUCUGAACCGGGUUACAAUACUUUCGAUGCUUGGGAUUCGGAUCUCAAUUCUGAUCUAGAAGAAUUUUACUUUUGCAGACAUCAGAGGCGAUUAAGUGACCCUUGUACAAAUUUAAACGUUUUUGCCAACGGCAAUAUGAAGCUGAAAAUGAACGAGAAUAGAACGCGAUCAGAAAGCGACGGACUAGACAGCUUGGCUCACGGGUUACCUGAAAUCGAAGCAGGCGAUGUUCGAGAUGAAUUGGACGAUGGUGUUUACAAUCCGCUAUGGACUAUGAAAGGUUUCGCACAAACUUUUCAUUUUUGGAAAGAAACCCGAAGGGCUCAGUCAAUACCUUUGAAUAUGUUUCUUACGUACAUAACCUUGCCUUGGUGGAGCAUUAUGGAAGAUAUACUAUCCGACCAAGAAAGUCCAAUACUUACUUUUUAAUAACACAACGUUAUGGUUGGUAUGUUUACAAUUUUUUUUUUUAAACUUUUUAUAGCCAUGGAUGGCUAUACUAUAAUGUAACCCAACUUUUUUAACAUUGAGUGUCAUUUUUAUGUAAAAAUAUUAAAUGCAGUAAUGAUAAAUUCCUCAUUUAUUGAAUUUCAUAUAAUAUUAUAUACGUAAUAAUAUGUUUUACAAUUUUCUAUCGUUUGAAAUGUGUUAUAAAGUUAAUUUUAGGAUAAUAUUAUUACAUACAAUCAAGGAACUAAACUUGAACAAUUUAAUACUUCCUUUCAUAAUGCUACUUUGAAAUAAAUACUGACAUUUUUAAGUUUUAAUAUUAUUUUUUUUAAGAUAUCGAUAUUGGAUUUUGUGUUGUUCUACUAUAUUGCCAAUUAUUGUACUUUUAUGAUUUUUGUGUUGCUUAUAUUUUACCAAUAAUUAUCAUUAUAAUUAAUGUAAACUAUUACAAUUAUUGUCGUUAUAAGUCUUGGACAGUUAAUUUCUUAACAAUUGUCAAUGAUUAAACGAGAUUAAGAUUGUAUAUGUGUACUUACGUUGUUCUGGCAAAUCGGUGUGGAUUUUCCAAACGGAUUAUAAUGAUAUUAUUUAAGUAAUACUUUAAUGUGUUCAUACUUUUAUGUACCAUACAAAUUUUGUUGUAAAUAUGGAAACAACUUUUUAGUCAUGAAAACAAUUAUUGUAAUACUUGUUCUUGUUGUUGUAGUAGAUUCUUGGAAUUUAUAAUGAUUAUUGUCAUAAAAUAAUCUAUACAAUUAAUGAAAAUAUGACUUGAGUGUAUUUUGAUGUUUAAACUUUAUCUUUUUAAAAGGAUUGCAUAGCAUUCAAGGCUAUACAGUUCUAUUGUCCAUGAAAAUAUUUGACUGUUUACAUUAUAUUAUUUAUAAUUAUAUCAAUAAAUUAAGCUUAUUAAACAUUACUAGUCGCCUUUCGUUCCAUAUGCUAACAAGUAUACCUGCUUUAAAUGUAAACAUUUUAUAUACCCUACCAAACGGAUAUUGUCUUGUAAAUUUAGAGUUCAUACUUCAAUGCUAAUCUCUAGACACUGCACUUUACAUUAACACUUUCUUACUGUGCUUGUUUUUAUAAAAUACAUGUAUACAAUAAUAUCUUGGCAAAAUCUUUGCUAAUAAUAAUGGUUGGUAAUAUCAAAGUACACGGCCUAAAACAAAUAGUUUUAUUUUAUAAAAUACUUAUCCAUGUCGCAUGGCAAACAAAAUAUUUACACUACAGUCUUAAGCACGGUGAAAUUGUUUGCUCAAUGAUGAAACAUAAAUUAAUUUUAUUUCGCCUAAUAAGACUGUGUGAGUUCAAGAGACACGUUUAUGUAAAUAUUACAUAAAUUGAAAAUCUUAAUAAAUAAUUUAUUUUUGUUUUAAACGAAGUUAACAGCUUUAUCUUUACUCUUCCUCGUUGUAACUCAUUUCAUUCGUGUUUAAAUAGUGUUAAUAAUUCUUGUUAUUUUUUUGGGGGGGGGAUAACAUGACUUAAGCCAAUAUCUAAAACUUACCACAGCCAGUCGAGAGUGAAGUAAUUGUUGAAGAUUGGCAAAAAUUUGGAAAACAUUUUUAUUAUUUACCGAAUCGAAAAACAGGAAAAGGGUUCAUACUCGAAGGCCCGGAGGUAUGCGUUUAUAUUAGCUUCAGGUACUUCAUUUUUGUACCAAUUGUUAU